UAAUGUGUUCCCUGGAGUGUACACGAGCUCAGCCAGUCGCACCUCUGUCCCCUGAGAAGACGCAGAAGCGAUUGUACAAUUCGUAUUUGUAGUUGCAGCGAGGGGACAAGUUUCAACACAGCAAAUAUUUCUUCCUAUUGUUCAAUAUGAAUUUCGCAGUUUAACUGUUGAAACACACACCCAGGGAAUGUGAGAUUGGAUUGGGCUGCUCGGUGCCAGGGAACAGAACAUGCGCUGGGUUGAAAAUCCAGUGUCCAGUAAAAGGGGCAGCGCAGCAGUUUAGUGAGGCGAGGAGUUAAAGCGGCGAGAGAUCGGCUCCCAAGCCCUGCCCUCCUGCUUUCCAUUGCCUGACAUCAUUCACAGAGAGAGGGGGAGGAGAGCCGGGAGUUUCAGAGGGACAGGCGGGCAGAAGUGAGGGCUGUGACACAGUAGAGUGAGGCAGGGAAAGAGUGGAAAGUGGCCAAGCCACACAGACACAUCGGAUCUUCCUCACACACACAGAGAGCGAGAGACAAACUGCAGCGCACUGAGCAAGGGACAGAACGGGACUGUUCUGCAGGGAAACGACUGAGCGCCAGGACAUUCCUCUAACUCCACUUUGUCAGCCUGAUUCACAGUGACCUGCAGAAGAAGCAGCACCACGUUCUCCCCCCAAAUUCCGCUGCUUUUGGAUCAGACUGUCUUGUAUCUGGGGACUUCAGUCUGCUGAGUCGGGGGGAGAGCUGGAGAGGGGAUUUGGGGCUCCGGGGGUUUAUAUCUCAUCACUGAGUACAAACGUGUUGCUCUGUCCAUGUUCUGCCGCUCUGCCCCGCUCUGACUUGUCCCCCCAUAAAGGACGAGGGUGGGGAGUCCCUGUUAGGAGUUGCUCUCGUGUCCCCACUGGCACGUCUGUGGAUUUGAUGCUUAUCCCGUGGAUUAUGGCUCCCAGGCGGAAUGGCCACUGCUGGUACUGGCCUCUGACUAUCAGCGUGUUCUUGGCAUCAGUCUUCCAAGGCGUACACUCUCAGAUGGUGCUGGUAAAUGAGACAGUUUCUGGAUAUGUUGGUGAGGACGUCAUGCUUCAUUGUAAUUUUGUAAAUUCUCCACCUAGUGUAAAAAUCACUCAGGUCACAUGGCAGAAGUCCACCAAUGGCUCAAAACAAAAUGUAGCCAUCUAUAACCCGGCAAUGGGAGUGUCCAUCCUUUCUCCUUACAAGGAACGUGUAUCCUUCCUAAACCCCUCUUUUCGGGAUGGUACAAUAAUGCUGACCCAAUUGCAGCUGGAAGAUGAAGGAUCAUACAUCUGCGAAUUUGCUACUUUCCCCACAGGAAACCGGGAGAGUCAACUUAAUCUUACUGUUCUAGCCAAACCAGUCAAUCAUAUGGAAGGAACAUCAAACCAGUUGAUUGCAGUUCCAGGUUCAACUAAGAAAGUUGCCGUUGCCACCUGCAUAUCAGCCAACGGGAAGCCUCCCAGCAGUCUGAACUGGGAAACCAAGCUGAAGGGUGAACCUGAGUAUCAAGAGAUAAAAAAUGAAAAUGGAACCGUGACAGUAAUCAGCCGCUACCUGCUUGUACCAAACCGAGAAGCCCACCAGCAACCACUAACUUGUGUUAUUAACUAUCAGACAGAACGAUACACACAGACAACUCUUCUCAGUGUUCAGUAUGAGCCACAUGUUACUAUUGAAGGUUUUGAUGGGAAUUGGUAUGUAAGGAGACCAGAAGUAAAACUGACCUGCACAGCAGACGCCAACCCUCCUCCUUCUCUAUAUGAGUGGAGAAUGGCGAAUGGCUCACUGCCAGAUAACGCCAUAGUAAAUAAUAACACACUGCACUUUCGAGGGGAGGUCACCUACGGUUUUUCUGGGACGUACAUUUGUGAAGCCAAAAAUGCCAUUGGCAGUCGUACAGGCCAAGUUGAAGUUAAUGUGACAGAAUUCCCUUUCACCCCAACUACUCCUGGGAGACUGGACCGGAGAGAGUCCUCCACAUUUCCAACAGCAAUCGUGGGCGGCGCAGUGGGAGGAGUCGUUCUUGUGCUCGCAGUGUCAGUACUGAUAUUUGUCGUACUGCGAAAAAGACAUCAAACCUUCAAAGGAGAUUAUAACACCAAGAAACACGUAUACGGAAAUGGUUACAGCAAGGCAGGAGUUGCACAACACCCACCAAUGGCACAGAGCCUGCAAUAUCCUGAGGACUCUGAUGAUGAAAAGAAGCCAGGUCCAGUGGGAAGCAGCAUCUAUGAAGAGGAGGAUGAUGAGGGUCUGGAUAGACAUAAGCUGGCUCAAAAAUUUGAUGAUGAGUCUAAGCGUCCAUACUUUACUGUGGAGGAGGGUGAACGUCGCUGUUAUAAUGAAGACAGAACUCUAGGAUUCCAGUAUGAACCUGACGACAUGCCUGACAAUUUGGUGCCCCAAAAUGAUGGUUCUUUCAUCUCUAAGAAAGAGUGGUAUGUGUGAAAAUAGUCAACCCACUACAUGGACAUCUAUGGCUUGAUUCAUGCACAUGCCCCACCCCUUGAGCUGGGGAAGAGACAAGAGACCUGUGGGAGUGACAAUGUGACCAGAGCUUUUUUGUUUCUUGAUAUAAAUAUAUAUAUAUAAAUAUCUAUCUUUUUAUAUGACUCACAACUACAGGGUCCCUAUGACCUAGAAAGAAUACGUAUUUACACCCACCAGUGACACAACAUGGCCCAAUACAGUUAUGCCCAGUCUAAUACACAUCUGUCACAUUCCUUCAGUAAAUAAACAUGCACACACAAAACAUCACAAUCAGUUAACACAAGAAAAGCUGCAUGUUUUGUUUUGUUUUUUCUAAUUACAGCAUGACAGUUUUAAUUAGCACGACCCAAUGCAGCAAAAGAAAAUGGAAGCAUUUCCCGAUUAAACUGUCAUUCAUGCACAGCUUGCUUUUUGUGGACAGCAAAGGGAACCAUAACUGUGGAUUAAGAUCUCACAUGGUAAUUUUAGGAUACUUAAAUUAAAAAAGCAAAGGUUACGUAACGUUCCACUACAUAAUAUCUAACACAAAUAUCUUCGGUAUUCUGAUUUACAGACAAUCCCUUACACAUAAUUCACACACUUGCACACACACACACACAUUUAUAAACAGACAUACCCACUAAAUCUUGCCUGGUUUUCAUUACAUACACUGCCUCCCCAAACUCCUUUACCCAGACACUGGAAUUAUAUAUCUGAAUAUUGUUGGGUAUGAUGUUUUUUUCAUGUAUUCUGGGAAGUCAUUGAUUUCCAGGGAUACAUAAUGAUGCUCUGCACCCUGCCAUCCUAACCCUACCUGGUGUGGGGUUGGGGAAAGACAAUGGGAAGAUGGCUGCUUAAUGGUCUGUGGGUUUUUUUUGUAUAUUGUGCAUUUCUUGUUCUGUUUGGGUCAUAGUGGAAUUUUUCUAAGCAAUGGUUGUACAUUGAAAUUCAAACAAAACCAUGUGCCAUACCUCCCUUAAAAGGACACUGCACUAACAAUUGUGCAUGAUAACGAUAAAGAUCACCCGUCCCCAGCAUUCCAGGACUCUUUAAUAGCGAUAUGUGUUACAUUACAAAAAAUGAACGUGACAGUCAGAGUGUAAUGAUUUCACGUGGCUGGAGCUGGAAAGAGUAUAUGAUUUGGGACUGUACUGCAGAUCUACAGACACCAGGAGUCUUGAAAACCUGGACACACACUUGGUUCCCGGAUUGGAGCACCCUUUCGAGAGUUUGGCUUGUCACUGGAGUCAAGUCUGUUGAAACAUGUUUCCAUGAUUCUUCUAAGAGCCUCCUUGUCCAUCUGCUGCUUUACAGACAUGAACUCUCUGCUAAAAGGGAGCCAGGAGCCUUUAUUUGAGCUAUAAUUUUGUAAAUGAGAAAGGAAUUGGGAACAAACAUGGCUGUUACCAGAUGGUCACAGGGUCCUUUUAAAGUACAAACUCCUAUUCUGUCUGUGCCAUGCUGCUCUGUUUUAUAUAAGUGUCCUAUAAAGUGUUUGCAUUCCACUGCACCUUUCAUAUCUCAUUGUACAUGCAGGGCUUUCACUGAACCCAUCAGCCAUAUCACAAUCAACAGACUAUGCCACAGCUUGCUUGUGAGCUAAGCUUUCAGGCUAAAUGUUUUAGGUCUCUGAUUCUUAACUUUUAAUUAACUUAAAUCUGUAAUUCUUUGUAGUGAUUUUGAUGGGCCCCAUGCUAAUGUUGAAAACAAUAUAUUUAUUUUGGCAUACAGAACAAUACCCAUGACAACAUCCUGGGGGAUGUCAUGGAUUUUACCCUUAGAUAGUAUUGCAUAAGGAUCCAGCUUAUCUUGUGCACAGAAUAUUCUUUUUCUGCACAUACAUAUUGAUAAAGAUACUGUAAAAUGAGGAUCAUAAAUAAAGGGGUAUAGUUCUAAUCAUAUCUAUACCCAAUUAAGUGGGAAAAUACUAAACUGUGCGUGAAGGGAUAUAUCUCGGCACACCUUACUGUUCUUGGAACUGCCUGUUUUCCCUAGAAUCCAUGCCCCUUACUGUGGUAAAGUUCUCCAGAGUUAAGCUAGCCAUCCAUAGUUCAAUAUGUGUUGUUAGCCCUCCAAACUUAGCCAGGUAUCUAUUAGGCCAGUUUGGAAAUUCCAUCAUUUGAGUGUCCAAUGAUGCUUAUUUGGUAGCCUUGGCAAACAAGGGGAUGUUCUUGUGUGUAGCCACCUUAAGUUGACAAUUCUAAUGCAAAUAAACAUACUAUACAGUCAAAAAGUACUGUAUUAUGUCUGCCAGUUGGAGACAAUUAGAAAGGUAUAAGCAUAAAGCAACAGGAAUUUCUAUUUAUAGGAAAUCAACUGGGAAAUAAUCUGGCAGGACAUUUAUCUGUGUCGAAAACAAAAACACGCUUUUCAACAACUCCUUUAUAAAGUGCUUACUUAUAAGUAGUGUUUAUCCUCUACGUUUCACCAUGAAUAGGCAUUAAAGAAUAAGGGUAUAGUAUAUUUUAUUUACAGAACAUCCCUUUUCUUUGCACUUGCAGUAGGGUUGUCACCUUUUCUGGAAAAAAAUACCGUCCUUCCUAUAUAUUUAUCUUUUUUCCCUAUUAAUAACAUUGCGAUCAACCAUCAUUUUCACCGUCCAGGUGGCAACCCUAAGUAUAUAUGAGACAGAACUGUUGUAUUAUUGGCUUCUCCUCAGGAAUUCUCAGUGGCAUAUAAAGGGAUAGCAGGGUAGUUGUUAUAGAUUUAUGUUGCUGACUAAGUAGAAUGUUCUUUAUUGGUUAUUCUGAAGAAAGUGACAUGGCAAUUUCUAUAUGUAUUGAUACGUCUGAGAGAUGGGAUGUUCUUCAUGCACUAUAGGCUAUGGUCCAUCUUGAAAAUCUAAGUUCAUCUCAGCUGACAGUUUUAAUUUACAUGUAGUUUGGGGGUUUUUAACUUUAUUUUACUGCAAUUUGUAUAGCACUUCAUAUAAAAUGUCCAACAUCGUGCUUCAUGGAGAAAUAAUAAUUCAUAUAAAAAUAAUAAUUCAUUCAGUUCAAGUUGCAAUUUUACUACAUUUUUUUUUCAAAAUACAGCUUUUUGUUCCCAUUGACUGCAGUCGACUUUGCAGAUGUGUUGAGGUUUAACAUUUUUGUGUAAAAUUCUAGGGAAGACUCUGGAGUACGCACUUUAUAAAUGGGCACGCCAGAAAGUUUCCAUAAAAAUAUUUAAGAAUAUGCUGCAUUUUAUGAGCUUUUUAUAAGAUCUUAACAAAAAGUCUCUAUUGCUAAGAUAGGAAUUUUGGCAAUAGGGUCUUAGUUAAAUCACUCUGUCUGAUAAAAUAAGUGCUUACCCAAUGAGGUUCAGCACUUUCCUUCUUCUAGAGACUGGAAGAGAUAGUGUGAGAUCUGUCUCUUCCUCAUUUAUUUACAUAGAAUAAAUCCUAUUAGCAUAUAUGUAAAUUAGUGAGGAAUGGAUGGGGCAUACACAGUACUUGCUCCUUUCUGUCUCUUCCUAGCUAGUCACUGCAAAGUCUGCAUGGAAAUAAUUGGAUGGCCUGGAAAGAUGGAAUACCCCCCUCAAGUAGGAUAUCACUGAAACUCAAAUACUUUAUUAGAAUAUUUAAAGAAGCUGGGUGAUUUUUUUUUACAGCUCCCCUGUAGUUGUAAUGUAUGAAUUAAUGCAAUACAUCACAAUCAUGGAAAUCAUUUUUUGAGGCUGCGGAACAGAAAGGGAAUUGAGAGCAGGUGAUUUAUGAUUUGAUUGCUUCUUUAAAUAAAUUCAGUCAUCUUUAUCUGAGGGGGCCUACCCUAUUAAUUUAGCCUUGGGCACAAAUAUUUGAGGUUUUAGUUAUCAUUAGACGCCACUUCCCUAUCUGAGUAUUGGUGUGUUACAUUUAUAUAUGGGAUGCAAAAGGGAGAGAUUCUGCAUAGCUAUGCCUUAUCAGGCCCAGUUUAGUCAAUAAUACAAGAAGGCCUGUGGAAGCUUUGCACAUAGUACUGGUUAAUAUCACAGCAUGUCCUUUCAUUUUAUAUGUUGAAUUUACUACUUCUUAAGUAGCAUUGCAUGUUUCAUCAAACAAGUAAUAGAACAUAUAAGGGCAAAUCUCCUGUACGUUACAGGUUCAUAGCCAAAACCUUAGGGCUAUGGCACAAGGAGUAUAUUUCAGCUAAGAAUAGUCUGAAUAGUGGCUCCUUCCAUUCAGUUGAAUAGGGGAAAGACUGUCAGCACUGGUACUGGUGCUUUUCUAGCUUUAAGGGUAGAGCUCCUCGAGCGUUUUUUGUCAGAUCGACGCCCGUCAACAACGGAUGGAGUCGCACACGUGAAAAUAUAAUUGGACUACACGGUCCGACAGUCGGAUUAAGACAAUGCUUUCUGCGUCCACAUCCGAGAUGCAUGUCGCGUCGGAUUUAUCGUAGUUGUUAUCUCCGACCUUUCAUUCAGUCCAAUUAUAUCUUCACACGUGCGACUCUAUCUGACUUGUCACAUGCAUGUCGGCAGGCGUUCAUCCAAUAAAAAAUGCUCAUGGAGCUCUACCCUAAAUCUCUCUUUAGAAAAUGUUGAAGUUCAAAAGAGUCAAUGGGAAAUGGCAGUAAUGGAUUUUAUGUACAGUAUCUCUUUCACAGCAUUGGAGAAUAUGCUGUGCGUGCCAUCAGCUCUAAGAAAAUAAAGAUAUUAAGUAAACAAUUAGGAUGAAAUAUAGCUGAAUUAUGGACUCAGAUUCAGAUUUCAAUGCACAUUAGGUAUCUUUGGGCACAGUGGUAGAGUAGGCAUGACAAUAUGGUCAUUGUGUGGUACUCAUAUUUUUAUGUGUUGACUCAGUCUACUCAUAUCAUCCAGAUAUCAUAAACAGGCAUAAAGCAUUUUGAAAGGGCUAAUAUUUAGCAGCAGAAAUACAAAUGUGAAAACACGCUGGAGUUAAGACAAUGUCCUUUUACAGCUCUCGGCACAAAACUGACAGCUGCUCUGCCAGCACCCGAAUGUGAGUUGUAGUUUUGCGGUACUACAAUAACCAAACAAAAAAUUGCACAUCUAAUUGUCAGGUACUGAAUAAUAUAUGUUUUGCUUGGGGAAAAUUGCCCUAACAAAUACAUUUUUUUAUUGUAUAGGCUGUAAAUAGGGAGAAAAUAUAUACCCAGCAUUCUCCAAUAACGUAGGCAAAUAAUGUAUUACACAGACAUUUUUGUUUGCAGCUGUAGAUACAUGAAAAGGCUUUCAGCCACUGUAUCAUGCCAUUCCUUUUUUCAUUUUAUCUGCAUUCACACUGACAAGCGAGGACCUCUGAGGCCUAUUCUCCUUAGUACCGUCCCUGUCCUGUUUUUAGGAUGGAGGAAGUUAUCAAAUCUCCUGGUGAACUAAGUGCUGUAAUUUUGUAAUGUCACCCUCCAAGCAAAAGCUGUGUUUAGAUUUGUAAUUUCAAUCUCCGUAACGGUGGCUAUGCUGAGGGUACAGGAAUGUGACUUGGGGAGGGAUGUCAUUUGGGUAUUUUACAAAUUUGAAUUGCUACAACUGUGGAUAAAUGUGAUGUACAUUUUAUAAAAUAAAAUAUUCUAAAAUC